AUAGUUGAUGUUUCUGCGGCUUCCCUGCGCGUCUCGGUUGAGGUCGCUGUUCUGAGCGUCACGGCUCCUUCCCUGCUUUCGAUUUUACAGAGAAAAUGGAGAAACACUACACGGACUCAAAAGUCAAAGGAGUCAGCACAGGGACCACCAUCCUGGCUGCAGUCUUUGAUGGAGGAGUUGUGAUUGGGUCAGAUUCUAGAGCGUCAAUAGGAGGGGAUUAUAUAUCUUCUAAGACCAUGAACAAGGUCAUUCAAGUUCAUGACCGGAUUUUCUGUGGCAUCGCUGGUUCACUGGCAGACGCUCAAGCCGUCACCAAGGCUGCAAAGUCCCACCUGUCCUUCCACAGUGUUCAGAUGGAAAGUCCUCCUCUUGUCGUCGCUGCAGCCUCUGUCCUGAAGGACCUGUGUUACAAAAACAAAGAGGAGCUGCAGGCCGGCUUCAUGACAGCCGGCUGGGACAGGAAGAAAGGACCUCAGAUUUAUGUUGUGGCUCUGGGUGGAAUGCUACUCAAUCAGCAGGUUACCAUCGGCGGCUCAGGAAGUACCUACAUUUUUGGAUAUGUGGACGCUAAAUACAAACCAAACAUGACCAGAGAGGAAUGUGUGCAGUUUGCCACCAAUGCUCUUGCUCUGGCGAUGGGCAGGGACAACGUCAGCGGGGGUGUUGCUCACCUGGUGGUGAUCACAGAAAAAGAGGUGGAGCAUGUGGUUGUACCUGGAGACAAGCUGCCAAGAUUUCACGAUGAAUGAAU